GACAUAGACGAUAGACAUAAUUUCAUAUAAAUAGCAUAAAUCAAUAAUCAUAAGACUUGUAGGUUAUAAUUAUUUAGUCGACAAUUUCCCAUAUUUCAUUAUUUACUGAACAUUUUUUUUAAGGAUUAAAGUUAUUAGUUAUAAACUUAAACACUAAUGUUCAUAAAAUCUUAAUAUUAAAUGGCCGAAUGUCGAUUCAAAUUCCAAACAUAUUUUGUUGUAAUUAAUGCACAUUUUAAGUAAUUUCCAAUUUGUAUUCAUGCCAUAAAUAUUACACCUGCUCUCUAUUAUUGUAUGUGCUAAUGACGGUUUUGUUGGUCAUUUUUCCGCGAGUUUAGUACUUUGGAUUUUGGUCUAGUAUUUUUUCUUUUCUUUUUUUUGAGUUCCUACAUUUUUUGUCAACAACUCAAGAUUUUUACCAGUUUAGGUUUUUUAUAAUAAAAUAAAAAAAUGGAAAGUAAAGAAGUUUCUGUUGAAAUAGUCACCAAUAAAAUAUAUUUUAUAGAAGAUGCCAUGAAUAUUUCUUUCAAAUUUAUCAAUAAAUCUUUGAAACCAAAAUAUUCCGAUUGGAUUGCAUUAUAUAAAUGUAGCAGCAAUAGAAAUUUAGAAGAAUUUAUUGCAGUAGAAACUGACUUAAAAAUUCAUACACCGACAAAGUAUGGUUUUUAUCAAGUUAAAUUUUAUGCAAGUCAGUUGAAGAAUGUUAAAUGUAAUGUAUCCUAUGAAUUUCUUUAUGGCAACGAAUUUAAUGAGAUCUAUGGAAUAAGUCAUCCUAUACGUUUUAUUCAUCAAAAUGAAUGCAUCUAUUGUUAUCCCAAUAACUCAGAAUUAGAAACAAACCAUUGCAGUAGUUGUGUCUCACAGGAAUUAAUCAGUUCAUUAUUAUCUCAUAUUUCUAUUUUGGAUAGUCAAUUAACUGAUUGUAAAGUAAAAUCUAAUGAGAUUAUAUCAUUGAAUAAGCGUUUAAUGGCUCAAAUGAACGAGAAUGAAAUAAUUGUUCAAAAAAAUAAUGAAUUCUUGGAUGAUUUGUUUUAUUCUAAUGAACCUGUGACUAGAGAUGGAUAUAAGUGGAUUGAAACAUGUACUGAUAUUGAUUUAAAAAUGAGUUGUAUUGAAAGCAACGAAUAUGAGCUACAAGAUCUAUCAAAUCAACAUAAUGAUUUUGAAAAAGCAUUGGAAAAAUUCACUAAUAAAGAGGACAAUGAAAGUAAUGAUGUUCAGCCUCCUGACACUGAUACUGACAAGAUGCUAGAUUGUACAGUAAAUGUAGAAAGUGUAUUUACACCAGAGCCAUCUACAGCAACUAUUGUUUUUAUUGAUAGUGAUGAAGAUGAUGUUUAAUUGCUUCAAUAUUGAAAACAUCAAUAAGAAUUUAAAUUUAUGUUUUUUUGUUUGAUAGAUGUUUAUUUAUUCUAAGCUUAAUGAGAUAAUUUUAUCUAAAUAAACUUGUUGUUAUAAAACCAAAAAAUAAAAAAUGGAAUAUUAAAAAAAUAAAAUGUUUAGUCUCUUCAA